CCUGCAGACUUUCUGAAAGCCAAGAUGAGCAACACUCAAGCUGAAAAGUCCGUGAUGGGCAUGAUCGACCUGUUCCACAAAUACACCAGACCUGAUGAUACCAUGGACAAGCAGGGCCUGUUGAAGAUGAUGAAGGAGAAUUUCCCCAACUUCCUCAGUGCCUGCGACAAAAAGGGCAAAGAUUACCUGUCCAAUGUCUUUGAGAAAAAGGACAAAAGCCGAGAUCAGAAGAUUGAGUUUUCCGAGUUCCUCUCCCUGAUGAGGGACAUAACCACAGACUACCAUGAACAGAGCCAUGGAGCGCCGCCCUGUUCUUGGGGAAGCCAGUGA